CAAAGUGGGCGGGAGCAACUACGACUGUUGAGUUGCUCAUGGGCAGACUACUGGAAUUGUGACAGGCUGGGUGACAAAUGGGUCGGAGACAAAGCCGGGGGGAAAGAGCCAAUGACUGUGAGGAGACCGUUCUCAGCCAUGAGGCUCUGCAAGGAGCGGCGGCCGGUGCUGAAAGAGAGCUCAGAGGCGGAGUGAACGCAAAGGGAGGGAGGAAGAGGAGGAGAGGAUAUAGGUGGGGCAGCGAAAGGAAGCGAGAGCAUCUAUUGACUAGCGCGAUCGCAACACCACAUAAGCAGGAAUCAUGGCCAACAUCACAACAACGAACACCACCAACAAUCUGCCCUGGUACCCAGAAUCCGUUCCUCUCUCCCAGGUGCCCCUGCACCAAGGCUGGAAUGUGGCCUGCUUCGUUAUCAUACUGCUGUUCAUCCUCACCGUGAUCUCUCUGGCGGCCUUGGCCCUGCUCUAUGAACUCCUGGACUGCGGCUGCUUUGCCAAAGAAAAAACGCAGCAACAGCAACAAGAACAGCACCAAGAACAACAGCAACUCCAGAUGGUGGAGUCAGGCAACUGCGGCAAUCUGGUGACCGACAUUUCCAGUGAAUCGGAACCGAACACGGAGGUGGUAUAGAAGCUGCGCGGAGCGGGAAAAGCAUUUAGGGCUUCAAAAACUGCCAAAAGGUUGAGAGGAUGCUGAAGAACCAGUCAAGAUAAAUUCAAUGGACAAUAAAAAGAUAAAUGCAAAUCUGCACUGAUAA